AGAAGAAGUCCAGGCGUGCGUGUUUUGUUUUUUUUCCCCCGGAUGUAGCAUAACACGAACUGACUGUCAACAUGCAAGAUGGCCACGCAUCACAGGCAAAAUGCUGCUGGGCGGAGAAAAGUACAGGUUUCAUACGUGAUUAGAGAUGAGGUAGAGAAAUAUAAUCGCAAUGGGGUAAACGCACUCCAGUUAGACCCUGCUUUGAAUCGGCUCUUUACCGCAGGAAGAGACUCCAUCAUCCGGAUAUGGAGCGUCUACCAACACAAACAGGACCCAUAUAUAGCAUCUAUGGAGCAUCACACAGACUGGGUUAAUGAUAUAGUUCUCUGCUGCAAUGGGAAAACAUUGAUAUCAGCCUCAUCGGAUACAACAGUGAAAGUAUGGAACGCUCAUAAAGGAUUUUGUAUGUCGACGUUACGGACCCACAAGGACUAUGUAAAAGCUUUAGCGUAUGCUAAGGACAAGGAGCUUGUAGCGUCGGCUGGUCUUGACCGGCAGAUCUUCCUAUGGGAUGUUAACACACUAACGGCACUCACCGCUUCCAACAACACUGUCACCACUUCGUCCCUGAGCGGGAACAAGGACUCCAUCUAUAGCCUGGCUAUGAACCAGAUGGGAACAGUUAUUGUUUCUGGAUCUACUGAAAAGGUUUUGAGAGUGUGGGAUCCUCGAACGUGUGCAAAGCUUAUGAAGCUAAAGGGUCACACAGACAACGUCAAGUCUUUGCUCCUGAAUCGUGAUGGCACUCAGUGCCUAUCGGGUAGCUCAGACGGGACCAUCCGCCUGUGGUCGCUCGGCCAGCAGAGGUGCAUCGCCACGUACAGGGUGCAUGAUGAAGGCGUCUGGGCCCUGCAGGUCAACGAGGCCUUUACACAUGUAUAUUCCGGAGGCAGAGACAAGAAAAUCUACUGCACUGACCUGCGAAACCCAGACAUCCGCGUGCUGAUCUGUGAGGAGAAGGCUCCAGUGCUGAAGAUGGAACUAGACAGAUCUGCUGACCCACCUCCUGCGAUCUGGGUUUCCACCACCAAGUCAUCUGUGAAUAAAUGGUCACUAAAGGGAAUGCACAACUUCAGAUCAUCAGGGGAGUAUGAUAAUGACUGCACCACCCCUCUGACUCCACUGUGUACUCAGCCAGAACAAGUUAUUAAGGGAGGUGCCAGUAUUAUACAGUGCCACAUCCUAAAUGACAAGAGACACAUACUAACUAAAGACACCAACAACAAUGUGGCAUAUUGGGAUGUGCUCAAGGCUUGUAAAGGUGAAGACUUGGGGAAAGUGGAAUUUGAUGAAGAAAUCAAAAAGCGGUUCAAGAUGGUCUACGUGCCAAACUGGUUCUCCGUUGACCUGAAAACUGGGAUGCUCACGAUUACUCUGGAUGAGAGUGAUUGCUUUGCUGCCUGGGUGUCUGCAAAGGAUGCUGGGUUUUCAAGUUCUGAUGGAUCUGAUCCAAAGUUGAACCUUGGCGGCUUGUUGCUCCAAGCUCUGCUGGAGUUCUGGCCCAGAACCCGGAUAAACCCCAUGGAUGAGGAAGAAAACGAGGUGAACCACGUGAACGGAGAGCAGGAGAACAGGGUGCAGAAAGGAAACGGAUAUUUCCAGGUUCCACACCACACGCCUGUUAUCUUCGGAGAAGCGGGAGGAAGAACUCUAUUUAGGCUGCUAUGUAGAGAUUCAGGUGGAGAGACAGAGUCCAUGCUGCUCAAUGAGACGGUCCCACAGUGGGUCAUUGAUAUAACUGUAGAUAAAAAUAUGCCCAAGUUCAACAAAAUCCCAUUCUACCUCCAACCACAUUCUUCUUCUGGUGCAAAAACUCUAAAAAAGGACCGUCUCUCGGCUAGUGAUAUGCUCCAGGUGAGGAAGGUGAUGGAGCAUGUUUACGAGAAGAUUAUAAACUUGGACAAUGAGUCGCAGACCACCAGCUCCACGGCCAACGAUAAGCCUGGGGAGCAGGAGAAGGAGGAGGACAUGGCCAUGCUUGCUGAGGAGAAGAUUGAGCUGAUGUGUCAGGACCAGGUUCUCGACCCCAACAUGGACCUGCGGACAGUUAAACAUUUUAUCUGGAAGAGUGGCGGGGACUUGACACUUCACUAUAGACAGAAGUCUACAUGAAAUAUGUCAUUUUUACAAGCAGAACUGUCAUUUGCCAAUCACCACCCACCUCCAACAUGUUGUUCCCUGAACCCCAUCACGCGCUCAAGAGUCACAGUAUCAGUGAGAAACCAAUAAACUCCUGAGGACAUGACCCGUGAUGUAUGUUAGUGAUCAGAACACUCGGGCAGAGCCCGCACACUCCUGGGAAACAAGCGGUCCGUACUGGUUUUCCCUUUUUCUUUGGAAUUUUAGUUUUCCGUUCCUUUGAUCGUUGCCUGUUUGGCAUUUAAUUCAAAGCAGCCGAAGUUAGUCCGUUUCUGAGUGUGUGUGUGUGUAUGGAUGUGUAACUGUUGGCUCUAGUACAUUCCAGAACCUCUCCUUGUUCUACACACUUUGCGGCAGUAACCCUAACCCUGGUUUCUGGUUAGCAUCGCAUUAAAAAAAAGAUAUCUUCAUCCGCUCUGCUGCUCUAUGUCGGCCAUCUUCACUUGAACUGACCCACCGUUCAGACGCCUCACUGACAGGAACCAUUGUCUUUGUUUUUAGCUCUGUUCUCCAUGAAUGAAUGUUUUUUUUUUUGUUGGGGGGAUUCUUUGUUUUUUCUGUAAAUAUAUUUUGGUUUCAUUGAGUUUUGGGGUACCCCCCGCUAACCCAGCUGAGAUAAAGCGUUGGGGAUUAACAGCGGCUUUUUUUUUUUUUUGUACAGUUGCUGUAAAAACUUUUUUUUUUCUCAAAUUGCCAGAGCACAUUGUUAAAAAUGGAGGUAACUUAACUUGGUUUUUAAGAACUGUGUCAGUUGUGUUCACUGCAACACGGUUUACGCCGACAUAUGUUAGUUUUUCCAAGUCACCUUAGGAAUCGUAAACAAAUAUAAGGUAUAUAUCUUAACUCAAGCAGUGACUUUUGACAGCCGUGAGGACUUCCUAGUGUAUAUGUCAUUUAGAUUUAAUAAGAGUAUAACUUGAAGAGGCAUCUCAACAGAAGAGCAUUUGGAGCAUCCAACCACUGUGGGAAUCUCACCCAAAUUAAAAAUACGCUCAUGGUU